AUGCUGCAGACGCUGAACCGCGCUCCCACCGCGCUUGACGCGUCCGGUUUCGGCGAGGCUCGACCGCGAGACGACGGCGACGACGAGGACUACGACGACGGCGCGUUCGCGCGCGCGACGACCGGACUGAAGCGAACGGCGAUCGACGAGAAGCCGGAGGCGAUCAACCGCGCGCUGCACGCGUCCACGACGCGGACGUCCAUCGCGUUCGGGCGCGGCGAUUGCAUCGGGCGCGGCGCCGCCCCGGUCGUGAGUUUCCGAGCGAAGGCCGCGUUCAGGGACUACGAGCGGUCGAUCUCGGGCGCGAGGGCGGCAUCGAAAAAAGAAGACGCGGCGUCGAAGAAAACGACUCGACAGGAGCGGACGAUCGCGACGGAACCCCGCGGACGCAGACCCGCGGACCGCGUCGCCGCCGCGGCGACGUCGAGACGCCACGAGAGGGACUGGGACGGCCGGCGCGUGCGAGGAGGACAGCGAACGGACGCGACGGAGAAGCUUCGAGCGAUGAUCGCGGCGGAUGACAAAGCGACCGCGGCGCUCAGAACGACGACGACACCGCUGGAGCGACUCGAGACGCGACGCUCGCGCGCGAAGGUGGCGGCGACGCGGCCGCCGAUGGACACGUACGCGCUGAAUCCGUCGCAAGGUCAGGAGCUGCGCGCGAAGGUGAUAAGAUCGAUCAAAGAGAAGGGGGGGGCGCAGGCGCCGUAUUACCCGAUGGGGGCGUACGUCGAUGCGGAUCCGUUUCCGUUCGCGCGCGAGCCCGGCUGGGAGGACAAUCACCUCGAGUUGUUCCACAGGCAUCACAGAGAGCUCCGUGCGAGCGAUAAGGACGUGCUGUUGGGAAAACAGAUCGACGUUCGGACGACGUUUAUCGCGGAGAGGGAGGCGAAGACGCUCGCGGACGAAGAAGCCGCGCGCUCGUCGGGGGUGUACUGGGGGAAGGACCCGUCGAAGGGCGCGAGACGCGACUUACACGUGCCGCGCCGCGGCGGAUUAUGGGAACGAGAUCCCGCGGACGGCGCCGUGCACUACCCGGGGCGGAUUGUGGGGUCGAAGUACGAGGCGGCGUGCAGCGCGUACGCGACGCGACUCUUGGAAUCCGGGCGCGCGGCGACGGCGACAGCGACGGCGACGACGACGACGACGGCGUGCGACGAUGCGUCGGCGGCGCGUCUUCGUCAGACGCGCGACGCGCCCCAGCGAGAAACAUCGUUCGGGGGCGUGAAGACGGAACCGGUUACGCACCGCAUCGUCUUCGGGCGGACGAUCGGGUACGCCUCGAGCGGCGGCGUCGCGUCUCACCUCGGCCUCGGGUUGCACGCGCUCGACGGCAACGGCGACGGCGACGUCAGCACGAUGGAAAUCGCCGCCGCGCGCGCGUCCGGGGGAUCGAGCACGUACGACGUGCGUACCGCGAGCGCGUGUGGGUUGGACGCGAGGAAGAGUAAGCCUUGGGCGACGGGAGUGGGGCGCGGGAGCGCGAGCGGCGGCCCUCGCAAGAGCGCCGCAUCUUAGUCUAAAGUCUCGUGUACGUGUACGUGUACAGAACUACGAAAGUACCUUCGAAGGGAAAGUACUUUGUACCUUCGUACGAAGGUAACAACUUAUGGCUG